ACAAACUAAUAUAUAAAUAAAAUAAAAAAAUAGUGCUUCCCCACUUUUUAAAUCGUCAAAACCCUAACGUGAUAGAACAUUCGCAAAAUUUUCCAGAUGAACCGAAUUCAAAACAACCGAUCUCAAAAACACAAACAACAACAGAAAGAAACAACACCCGCACAGCAAAAAUUGAACUCCGUCACCGGAGCUCUACCUUCUCCAUCCACCGUACUCGAAGAUGGUUGGUCCGAAGAAGCCACGUUCACACUCAUCGACGCUUGGGGCAAACUUUACAAGAAGCUUAACCGCAAAAACUUCCGUCAGUAUCACUGGAAAGAAAUCGCGAAAGCCGUAAACCAACACCACGGUUACAGUCGGAAAUCUCUCCGAACUUACGUUCAUUGCAAAAAUCGAUUCGACGUGCUCAAGAAGAAGUACGCAAUCGAGAAAGCUAGGGUUUCUGAAAACGGUUUUUACGAUAACGAUGAUGAUGAUGCAUUUCCUUUUUUCGAUAAACUUGAUUCGUUAAUUGGUGAUAGUGAUACUUUACCGGCGAAGAAGGUUUCAACGCCGUUGGAAACUCCUGUGAAGGUUCCGGCAUGGACACUUGCACCGGUUGGUCUUCGAUCUGGUGCUCAGAGUGCUCAGAAGCGACCUGCAACAGCGACAACGGAAGAGGAGAGUGUGGAGGAGGACUCACGUUUUCGCCGGAAUUUAUCUGCAUUUGCUGCAGCGGCUGCUGCAGCAGCGGAAGCAGAGAUCAAUAAUUCAGAUUCCGAUGAUUCGUAUUUUGAUAAUUCAGAUGGUUCAGAGUUGAGCAAUGAGAAUAGGAAGAGGAAGAGAGGAAGAAAGGAUGUGGAGUUCGGGUAUAGAGAGGUUGCAGGAAGGAAUAAUAGGGAAUUUCGGAGUACAGAGGUUGCAAAUUUUAUGGAGAAGUUUAGUGAGGUACAGGAGAGAGUCGAGUCACCGAAACAGCGAAGAAAUACUAGGGAGAAGUUUAGUGAGAUACAUGAGAGAGUUGAGUCAUCGAAACAGCGAAGAAAUGCUAAGGAGAAGUUUAGUGAGAUACACGAGAGAGUUGAGUCAUCCAAGCAGCGAAGAAAUGCUAAGGAGAAGUUUAGUGAGGUACACGAGAGAGUCGAGUCAUCGAAGCAGCGAAGAAAUGCUAAGGAGAAGUUUAGUGAGAUACACGAGAGAGUUGAGUCAUCGAAGCAGCGAAGAAAUGUUGAUUUGGAGAAACGGAAUAUGCAAUUUGAAAAGGAUUGUCAGAGGAUGCUGCAGCUGCAAAAUGCCAACCACUCUAAGGAAACGGAAAGAACGACUUCAAUGAAUGAUCGAAAUGAACAAAUCUCAAAAGUUAAAAAUCUACCAGCUCCUACCCAAAACAGCCAGUCUACCAAAAGGACCGUUAGAGGUGCCACGCAGAUGAAGAAGUUAGCACAUGCCCUUAUUGAUGGACAAAAAUUAUCGAUUGAAUUUGAUGAAUCAACUGCAAAACCUUUAGGGGAAAACAAGACAAAGUUCAGGAGUUACGUGGCUUUCCUUGGUCGAAGCAAAGUCAGUAUUUUGACGGAUGAUUGGGACUCCGUAGAUCAGAGCGUGAAGGAUGAAAUUUGGACAGAUAUCCUGAAAGUAUGGGAUGUUCCUCAUUCUGGAUUCUUACGAAAGAAAUUGGUUGCAUAUGCGGGUGAGCGUUGGAGGGCAUUUAAGACUAAUUUGACUUCCAGAUAUAUACAUGGGGAUCUUAGGGACAGAUCUCCUCUUGAGAUCUAUAAUUUUCUUGAUGAGGAAACAUGGCAGGCGUUUGUUCAGACACGACUGGACCCUUCCUUCCAGGAGAUUAGAAAGAAAGCGCAAAUGCGUACGGCUCAGAAUAAAACCCCUCACAGAUUGUCUCGCGGGGGAUAUGACUUGCUCCAAGAGAAGAUGAUGCAAGAGAAAUUAAAAGCAAAGCCAGAAUCUUUGGGUGGUUCAGUAGCUGCACCGCCAUCUCCACCACCACGCCAUGAGCAAUGGAAGAGAGCACGACAAAAGCCAUCAGGAGAUUACACAUCUGAGGACACACGCAUUAUUGCCGAGAAAAUUGAUUCUUUGGUUGAAAAAACAUCUGAAGGAACUUUUGUUCCAGAAGGACGUAAUGAUAUUUUGACAGAAGCCAUUGGCCGACCUGAGCACUCCGGCUUUAUUCGUGGUGUUGGUGGAGGUCUGGGUAUUCGACAAUACUUUGGACCACCACCACCACGUGGCUCCACCCCUCGUGUUUUUAGUAGUGAACAAAUACAGACCAUAAAAGUGGAGCUCACUCAGCAAAUUAAAGAGGAAUUGAUGCAGAAUUUGGAAGCUAUGGGUUUCUCUAGAAAACCCUCGAAUUUCCCUUGUUCUCGUAAUACCGCUGUACCUGCGAGCAGGAAGGGUAGUUCAUCUGUUGUGCCUCCUAUAGCGGAGGAGGAUGAAAUCCCAGAACAAUGUGAACUAUAUGUUGAUAAUUUAUUUCAUCCGGUGGCCUAUGGUAAUGUGUACAAGUUGGGGCCUACCAUACAUAAUCAGAUGCUAGAAAAUGAUAUGGUGAGGGUGGCAGUUAGUGAGGUGCUAGAGGCACAUGCUCAAGUGCCUAUUCCCACUGACGAGGUGGAAACGGUUGAGCAGGCCCUCAACAAUUUCAUUCAAUGGCCGAAAAGACUUGUGCAGAUUGUUUCUGAUAAGGAUUUUGAUGUUGAUGGAUCUGAGAAAGACGACGUUUCGCCCAAAAAGUCUGAGCCUCAACUAGAUUCCGUCCAACAAUUGGCUGAGAAAGACGAUGUUUCACCCAAAAAGUCUGAGCCUCAACUAGAUUCUGUCCAACAAUUGGUUUUAAAGGCGAUGUGUAUGUCAGAAUCUAUAAAGCUCGAUUUGGAACACGAUAGGAUGAAGUCUCUUUGGCUCUCACAGAGAGAUAUUAUGGAGUUGUGUAUGGGUAAACAAGAGUUAUCCAUAACUAUUCUACGAUUGUGGUUAACGUAUUUGAAUCGGCUUUCUAUUAAUGUGGGUAAGAAUGACUUGUAUGGAUUUAUUGAUCCAUGUUUCAUUCAAAGUCAACAUGAUCCAACUAAUGCUGAAGCCUACAUACAAAACAAGUUAUCCGAUGAUAAAAAAGAGUGUUACCUAGCACCUUAUCACAACAAUCAUCAUUGGCAAUUGCUCAUUAUUUGUCCUAGGCAGAAUAAUGUAGUAUUCCUAUGUUCGUUGGAGAGAAAGCCAGAUAAAAAUAUUAUUCACAUUGUUGAUUCAGCUUUGGAUGGAUAUCAUUUGCUGCGAGGCGUUCAAAAGGAGAAGCCAACAUGGAUUUACCCUAUUUGUCAAAGACAACCAGAGAGUUACGAGUCCGGCUACUAUAUUAUGAUACAUACAUUGAAUAUUGUAUCCGCUGGUAUUAUUAAUUUAUGGAUGAAGGUAUUUGGAAAUCCAGAACCAUUCCAGGAGGAUGAACUUGUAAAUGUUCGACAAAGAUGUGCAAGUUUGAUCCUUGAUUUUAUUCAAGGAGUUUAAAAUAUUUGACAAUGUAUCUACUAUCUAUUUUGUUAACAAUGUAGUAUGCUAAAACAACAGGCUUUUGUUUGAUAAUGAAUCUUCAGCAUCUUAUUGAACAUUUCUUUUUUUCCUU